CAUUUUCAUUUGGUUAACAUUAUAAAAUAAAAGUAUAAGAAGAUAAUAAUAAUAAUAAUAAUAAAAUAAUAAAAUAUUAAUAAUAAAAUAGAAAAGAAAAAAAAAAAAAAAUAAUUAAAAGAACAAUUUUUAAACAUGUCAUCACCAAAAUCACAUUAUAACAGAUCACAUCGUCAUUCUGGUGGUGUUUCAUCAUCUGUAUCUACCCCAUCAUCAUCACCACGUUCACAUUCAUCAAAAAGAAAAAGCGAAACCCUAUGCACUAUUUGUUUAAAAGAAACCAUUCCAAUUCUAUCAAGAGAAAAGUUAUUUACCAUUCAACAUUUUUGCUCCAUGGGAUGCUAUUCAAAACAAUUACUUUUAGAAUCAUCCAUCUUUGAAGCCACAAUUUCCAAUGAGGCAAAUUCUUUGUCAUCAUCAUCACCAUCAUCAACAUCUAUAAACCCAAAUUUAUCAACUAAUGUUUCUUCAGAGUCUUCUUUUCGGAAGUUUGGCUUUAAAUCAAAUGAUAUCAACAACAUUAUCCAAGUUUAAAAUUAUAAACAACAAAAACAAAAAAUG